AUGGUUGAAAGCCUCCGUCCUGACAUUGACUUCAAGUUCCUCGUCGGAGUCAUCCUCGAGGAAGCCGCUGUCAUGAGCAGCCGUUCAGAUGCAGCAGGAGCAGGAGCAGGAGAGGAGGGCGAGGCACCAACGGUUCUCCCACCCAGCCGUCGCUCUCGCUCCCAUCCCGCCGUAUCCUCUCCCUCACUACCCGCCUUCACCUCUCCUAUUCACCUCACAAUCACUCAGUCCCACACCGCGAUCUCCUCUUCCUUACUUCCCCGUCGUCGCCUCUCCCUCCUCCCCGUCGUCGCCUCUCCCUCCUCCCCGUCGUCGCCUCUCCCUCCUCCCCGUCGUCGCAUCUCCCUCCUCCCCGCCGUCGCCUCUCCCUCCUCCCCGCCGUCGCCUCUCCCUCCUCCCCGCCGUCGCCUCUCCCUCCUCCCCGCCGUCGCCUCUCCCUCCUCCCCCCCGUCGCCUCUCCCUCCUCCCCGCCGUCGCCUCUCCCUCCUCCCCGCCGUCGCCUCUCCCUCCUCCCCGCCGUCGCCUCUCCCUCCUCCCCGCCGUCGCCUCUCCCUCCUCCCCGCCGUCGCCUCUCCCUCCUCCCCGCCGUCGCCUCUCCCUCCUUCCCGCCGUCGCCUCUCCCUCCUCCCCGUCGUCGCCUCUCCCUCCUCCCCGCCGUCGCCUCUCCCUCCUCCCCGUCGUCGCCUCUCCCUCCUCCCCGCCGUCGCCUCUCCCUCCUCCCCGCCGUCGCCGCUCCAUCCUCCCCGCUGUCGCCGCUCCUUCCUCCCCGCCGUCGCCUCUCCCUCCUCCCCGCCGUCCCCUCUCCCUCCAUGCGGUUGCCUCUCCCUCCUCCCCGCCGUCGCCGCUCCCUCCUCCCCGCCGUCGCCUCUCCCUCCUCCCCGCCGUCGCCUCUUCCUCCUCCCCGCCAUCGCCUCCGGCGACAGGUGCACGAGCGCAAGCGUGAGUUGGUGCGCGAGCGCGGAUUAG